AUGCUAAAAAAAUAUAAAACUUUCUCCUUUUGCACAACUCUCUAUUAAAAAUUAGGAGUAUAAUCUAAUGAUUCAAUUGAUUCUAUUAAGUCCGCCUACAUUAAGUUGGCUAAACUAUAUCAUCCAGAUGUCAAUCUAGCUUAGACAGAAUAAGAGUUUAAGGAGAUUACAAAUGCUUACAACAUUUUAAAAGACCCAGUUAAAAGGAAAUUAUAUGAUUAAUCAAUAGAUGCCUAAUAAAGUUAUAGCAAUUCAUCAAAUGAAGAUUCCAAACAAGAAAAACAAUACUACAACAAUCCUGGAUGGUAAUACUAUGGAGAACAAUAAAAAUAAUGGCAUGAAAAUAAUAAGCAGAAAAAUACAUAUCAAGAGAGAACCUAUUAAUACACUCAAUCCAAGAAUAAUUCCAAUUAGAUAUAUGGAUAUUUGACUCUAGGUGGAAUAUCCAUUGUGUUUUGGUCAAUCAUUUCAGAUGAUGAUUAUUCUGAAAAACCAGAAAUAACUAAAGUUAAACCUCCUUAGAUCAAAAUUAGUGACAAUCCAACUUCUUAUGCAGAACUCAAAUAAAUUUAUGAUUCAAUUGAAUAAACUGAUAGUAAAAAGAUGCAAAAGUAUUAUACUCAUUAAUUGGAGGAAGAUUAGACUGAGCUGAGAAGAUAAAAUGUCAUUUAUUUAGGAUAGAAUUUGAAUGAUUCUCCAUUUAUCAUUGAACAAAGAAGAAAGAUGAUGAAUGAGGAGAUGAAAUAAAAGCAAUUUAAAAUUCAAGUGGAACAAUAUGAAAAAGUUAUAAAGGGAGAUUCCAAGAUUCUCAAACGAAAAGAUUCCAAUCCUAAAAAAACAGAAUUAAAAACGAAAUAAGGCGAUUUAACUUUACAAGGGUUUGCUAUAUAAAAUAAAUUAGAUAUCAAUAAAUCAACUCCGACAGAGUAAAAUCAAACUAUCAAUAUAAGCAUAGAACAUUUAGAAAAAGGAUACAUGUGA